AUGACGAUAUUUCGCGAGGAGAUUGGCGCCUGGUUCCUGGUCAUGUUUACUUCCUUGGUUACCGGGAAGGUAUGGGGUUGGAUCGGCGACGGAAGAGUGGAAUUUCUAGAACAACAGCCGCCAGCAAACCCCCGACUAUUCCACGUGAGACUCAGUGUUUCCCUGGCCAUCAGCUUCAUAUACGACAUCUGGAUCCUCAAAUACACCGUUGAUACUGUGAUCCAACAAGCAAGACCGAAUAUGAUGGUCAUGUUUUUGUUCGAGUUCGCUGUGCUGGCCACGUGUUCCUGGCGAACUGCAGUUCGUUAUAUUCUCUCAAUCGCAGAACAGAAUAUUGUGAAAGCUCAAACCAAAAAACGUCUGAUUGAACGGAGACAAGAGAUUCGACGACAGCGAGAGGCUUUGAUUCGUGAACGAGAGCAGGCUGCCGCGACUGGGCAAGAGCCACCUCAAGACCAAGAGCCCCUUCCUCGCGAGGAGGACAUAGAUGAGAUGGAUAUUGAGGUUCCUGGUUGGACAAGCAAAGGUGAAUGGGUACUUUGGCUUGAUUUAGCUACCGAUAUGAUAAAACUUGGUAUUUACAUUGCCUUCUUCUUCAUGUUGCUGAGGUUUUACGGGCUCCCUAUUCACAUUAUGAGAGAUCUCUUCAUCACGUCGAGAGAUUUCAUCAAGCGACUAAACGCACUUCUGCGAUAUCGCCGCGCUAUUCAAGAAAUGAAUAGAUACCCCGAUGCCACCCUAGAAGAACUGUCUCAGGAGAAUACUUGCAUCAUAUGCCGAGAGGAGAUGCGACCUUGGGAUCCUGUCAAUCAUCCUGGGGCAAUUGACCGUGUCCGUCCAAAAAAGCUGCCAUGUGGCCACGUUCUACAUCUUGGAUGCUUAAAGAGCUGGCUUGAGCGUCAGCAGGUCUGCCCGACGUGUAGGAGCCCUGUUACCAUGGAUCGUGUACGAGGGGGCCAUAAUAGGGCAGCAGGUCUGCAGAUUCAGAUAGGUGGUGGCCCGCAAGUACUGGCUGGACAACCACCACCGGCCGACGGUGGUAACAAUGCGCCAGCCGGUCAGCAAGGACAUAAUGGCGACCAAGCUCCUCCCGGCAGGGACGGCGGCCCUAGAGUUUUCAACUUGGGACCAUUCCGACUUGGAUUUGGAGCAAAUGACCAACAGGCCCGUGAACUUGCCCAACAAUUUGGCAUCCCUCAGGCCCAAGGGAACCGUGCCGAUCAUGGUCUUCCUACACCAACCCCAACCCAGACCCAACAACAGUCCGGAGACAGCAUGCAGCAAAUUGGAGAUCUACUUGGUCAAACCGAGCAGAUUGUGCAGAGGGAAUUGCAAAAUCUGCAGGCAGCCCAGCAAGAGUUACAAGUAGCCCAUCUUCUCAUGGCCGAACUCCAGCGACUCCGCCAGCGCCGACAGCAACAGUCCCAAGACCAGCCAUUAAGAGGACGUGGCAACCCGUCGGUUACUAUACCCAUGGCUCAAAGUCAGAACUUUCAUGGUGCGGCACAAGGCAAUCACGCCCAAGUUCCUCUGGGUAACGCGGUUCCUACCAUUCCCCCGCGGAUAGGCAGCCCAUUUAUGGCCCGCCAUGUAGUUCCAGCAAAUGGUGUAACGAUACCUGCGGGUAGUCCGGAUCUCCCAGAAGGCAUUACGCUACCUCCUGGCUGGUCAUUGAUACCACUUCAGAGACUGGAUGGAACGCAGCCGACUCACCACCAAUCUCAGACCACAGCAACGUCUCUCAAUGCUGAAACUCCAAAUCCUAGUCAGUCAACCAGCCGCCCUGCGGCAGCAUCGUCUACUGCCGAGGCUGUCGGCGAUGAAAAUUCUUCGUCCAUGGACCCCAAUAUGUCUUCCUCCCGGUUGACCACAUCAGGGGACAGUGUUAGGGACGGUACUAGUGCUGGCUCCCAAACAGUGAGAUCAACUCCAGUGGUUUCCCCAAGUCCUCUCAUACCAAAUUGGGGCGGCCCUGCACAAUUAUUCAAUAACAGAUCACGCUCUGAUGUCGUCGAUAAUGCUGUUCGAACAGCAAGCCCUCCUGUCGAUGCGGAACCGCCGAGGGACCAAGGUCGCGACGAGCCUCCAAAACACUCGGCACAAAGAGAUUUAGCUAGCGACGAAUUGCACCAUCAUGGAGCUGUGGGGCCUAGCACUGAGGACGUCGUAGACCCUGUUGAGGUUGAUAAAGGGAAGGCCAAAGCCGCCACGGUUGAGGAAGCUGAGGAAGGCGAAGAUUAA